CUAAAGACUGACGGUCCGUUGUAGGUUCGCAAAUGAAAAAGCUUUUAAUAUGCAGCAUACAAUUUUACGCUUAAUUGGAAUAAUUCCAUACUUCUAGUCUUUAAAUACGGUAUUAGAAGCCAAUGAUAUCGUAGAAAAAAAUAUAUAGAUAUAUUUUAAAUAAAGAAAUGUUUGCGAAGUUUGAUGAUUAAUUUCAAAUUUAUUGAAUUUUUAAUUUAAUAAGAAAAGCAUGGACAGUCAAGAACAGUCUCAAACUUCUGUUGUAAGAACUCCAUUAUUCCCUGCAUACUCUGCCCAAGCACAAGGAAAUGAAGAUGCAUCUAAUAGCAACCAAGACUGGCUAUGUAAUAGCAGUUACUCCCCUGCUACUUUUGAAGAAAGUUCUAUCCAGGAAGAAAAAUUUGAUGAGGAUAAAAUUCAUUUAGAAAAAGCAGAGCAUCAUAAAAAGAAAAACAAAUUGAAAAAAGAAAAGAAGAAAAAAGAACAUAUAAAACAACACCACAUUCCAUCUCCAGAAUCUUUCUUUGUGCCAGAAGAAGAUUCUAUUCGAAGUCAGUUGAAUAAAAAGACUUUCAUUGAAGAUACUGGCUUAUCCUUUGAAAGAGCCUUUAGAGUAGAUCGAAAAGCAGAUCCUGAAAAUAUUUACUAUGACUGUUUUGAACAGAAGAAUAUAGCAAAAUAUAAAUUAUUCCCCAGAAUUCCUGUUGGUUGUAGCUUACAAGAACAAAAUUUAUAUAAACAGGCUUCAAUUGAUAAUUUUAAAACUGAUGUACCUCGUUAUUUUAAUAAAAAAUCUGUGAAACUUUUAAUGAAAAUUGCCAAAGAAAGCAAUGCUUGCUCUCCUCCUUCGCAUGAAUUUUCUGGCAUUACUUUAAAUUUCAUUCCUUUAGGUGAUAAGAGUUCAAAAUCUGUUAGUUCCAUCAAGGAUCAGAUUACUGCGAGAUUUGAUGGAGUUUCUUCUUCAUGGAAAGAAACAAAAAUGCCUGAAGCAAAAUCAGAAGCAAAAUCGAGUCCCAGCAUAACAAUAGAUGAAACAGUACUUGAAUCUGAGUUACGAAGCAAAACUGUCAUGUUCAAUAAAAAAGUAUCGGAAUCUCCUCAUGAUAUUCAAGCAUGGCUUGAAUUUGUUGAUUUUCAAGAUGAAUUAUAUAAUGCACACAUAAUUAAAGAAGGAAGCAAAUCUUUGCCUGAAUCUUAUCUUAUUGAAAAAAAAGUAGCUAUUUUGGAUAAAGCCCUAAAACAUAAUCCAAAGAACGUGCAGCUGAAUGUAGCAAGAUUGAAUUUAUGCAGGCAUAUAUGGAAAGCUGAUAAGAUUAUAUCCAAUUGGGAUGAAUUAAUAUUUUUAUAUCCUAAUAAUACUCAAGUAUGGAAAGAAUAUAUUAUUUUCAUCUUAUCAAAUUUACAAUAUUUUAGCACUCCACGUAUUUUAAAAGUGUUUGCUAAGUGUAUCAGAACAUUAUCCAAUCUAAGUGAUGGAACAAUGACAUCUCAUGCUGUUCCUCCUGAUAUUAUAAAGAAUAUGCUUGAUAUUUUUGACCAAUUAUGUUUUAUUAUUAAAAGUUGUGGCUACACAGAAAAAGCAAUUGCUACCUUUCAGAGUCUCAUAGAGUUUAAUUUGUUCAGAAUACCAACUUCUUAUACAUUUUCUGUGUCUCAACAAAUAAUUUGUUUGGAACCAUUCUGGGACAGUGGUGCCCCUCGCUUUGGAGAAGAUGGUGCAAUUGGAUGGUCUGAUACUGUUAAACAGAAGAAAAUUUCUCUCACUAAGCUAGUCACUGAGUCAGAUUUAAACAAUUUUGAAGAUGAUAUACUGCAUGAAAAAUUCCCAGAAUGGAAAACAUGGCUUGAAUUUGAAAGAUUAAGAGAAAAUAACCAUUGGCUUCCAUGGAGACCCAAUCCUGAAUAUGACCAGACGUUUGAUGACAUAGAUGAUGCCGAUCGGAUUGUUUCCUUUGAUGAUGUAUCAAAAUAUAUGUUUCAUAUACCUGAUGAGGAGCAUCGAUUCCUUCUUGUACAUAAUUUUAUAAAAUUACUGGGUUAUAAUCCUCAUUUAUUUGGGUGCAAUUCUAAUAGUGUAGAAGAUAUGAAUAAUCAGAUAACUGUAGAUAAUUUUGAUAUCUUAUGUGACAAAAUAAGUGAUUCAUUGUUUAGUGAGCAAGAUUCUAAUCCUCUUAAGUUCAGUUCUAGAUUUUGGAGUACAGAGUACAUAAAUUUUAUUAAAAAUGUAUUUUUGCAAGCUAAAGUGAAAUUUUCCUCCAAGUACAGAACUCUGCUAUCAUCUUUAUUGUUGAAAUACCUCCAAAAGAUUGCUUUAGAAUCUGAUAUUGAAAAAAUUGAAAAUGUUAAGAAAUUUGCUAAGAAUUUAUUGAAAGAAGCAGAGAAUCGAAAUUGUUUAUUGUUAUGGUAUGAAUAUAUUAAAACUGAGCUCCUUAGUGGCUCAAAAUCUAAGGCUAAGAAAACUGCUGAAACAUUGUUUACUUCUAGUAGCUUAGCAGUUGCUUCUGGAACUACGGCAAUGAAAGAACUGUGGUACUUUGUUAGAUCUUAUGUUGAUUGUAGCUUGAAUAUUCAGCAAGACUGUGUUAUUGAUAAUGAAUUAUUUUCCCAUAGUGAAGUAAUCUGGCUUUUAAUUCAUAUUGGUAGUAGAGAAAAAUAUGCACCUUAUGAUAAUGAGUUAAUCAAACCGACAAUGAUUCUAAAAGCUGCAUCAGGAUUUAAGAAUUUUUUGAACCAAGAAUUAUCUUCAGUAGUGGGUGCCAGAAGUGAACUCUGCUAUUGUUUAGAUCCACAUUCAUAUUCUCUAAUAGAUUGUGCUAAGUGCUUUGCCUAUCUGCAAUAUUUUACUCAAGGUCUUGAUGCAUCAAUCCAAGUAUUGAAAGAAUUAUCCGAGCAUUUGGAAAAUAAAGUGGCAGGUUCAAUAAAAAGAUAUAUUUUAGAAGAAAUCUGUGUUUUUCAAGCUGAAUUACUCAAUUUCCAUACAAGAAAUUCCACGGUUUCAAUGAAACCUCUCCUUCUUUAUUUGUAUGAUUCAGUGAAACAGUAUCCAAAUAAUGCUAGACUUCUGCACAUACUAGUGAAAUGGAGAAGUGCAUCAGCUGUUGUGAGUCCCACAAGAAGGUUUUUUGCUAGCAUCUUGAAGGAACCAUCUAAAACAAAACCUAUAACGUGGAUUUUUGCACUCGCAUCAGAGCUUUCAAUUUCCUAUUCCCUUUCUACUAAGAGCAAUUCAAGUGCUGAUUGGCAAUUUUAUGAAGUUUUGCCAUCAUCUAUGGGUAUACACUGGAAAAUAAGAUCUCUUUAUGAAAAAGCCUUGAAUUCUUCAACAUGUGCAUAUAUUCCUAUUUUAUGGCGUUCCUACUUGAAAUUUGAGAUUCUUAACAAUGAAGUUGAGAAAGCUAAAAGUAUAUUUCAUAGAGCACUGCAAAAUUGUGGAUGGUCAAAGGAGUUAAUAAUGGAUGGUAUAGAAUAUUUCCCAGAUGAUCUAAAACAAACAAUUGAUUUCAUGGUAGAAAAACAGAUUCACAUUCGUACACCUCUAGAAGAAAUUAAACUUCUAAAGGAAUAUGGAGUUCAAAAUUCCUAAGAAUACAAAAUUUUUUAUCUAUAAGAAAUUAUAUAAAAUUGUAAUAUAUGUGUAAAAUAUAUUGUAUAUAUAUUUUGUACAGAAUUUAUAAGAAAUAUGUUUAAUAAUAAAGUAUAAAAAAAUUUUUUUAAAGCACAACUUUAGUUGACAGAUGCAUUU